AUGUCUGAGAAGAACCAACCAGACAACACGUCAGGCACCGAGGUCUCGACAGAUCGAGUGCCUCCGGAUGCUGCUCGCCACGUAGAAGGCGAUGCUGCGGCAGAGCAGCGACUGGUCAGGAAGAACGAUCUCCUCAUGAUGCCAGGUCUUGCCCUUGCCUACUUCACUCACACUCUCGACCGCGCGAACCUGGGCAAUGCCAAGACCGAUGGCAUCGAAAAGGACUUGGGCAUGGUCGGCAACCAGUUCUCCCUGCUGCUCGUCCUCUUCUAUGUGCCCUAUGCGCUCUUCAACAUCCCAUGGUACAUCCUGGCCAAGAAGUACAACUCGGCCGUCAUCAUCCCCAUCGCCAUUCUGGGAUGGGGUGCUUGCACCAUGGGCGCAGCGGCCGCCACUAGCUUUUCCGGCAUCAUGGCCACGCGUAUCGUCAUGGGUGCCCUCGAGGCGGCAUACAAGCCGUGCGAGGUCUACUAUCUUUCGUUGUUCUACACCAGAAGGGAGAUGGGCCUCAGGAUGGGCUUCAUUGCUGGCGCAGCCAGUGGUCUGAUCUCGUGGUCCGUGUUCAAAUGGGAGAAUCACCUCCAUGGAUGGCAAUGGCUUUUUCUCAUCGAAGGAGCCAUCACCGUCGCGGUUGCCAUCUAUCUGUACAUCUUCGCCCCGAGAAGCCCCGACAAGUCACGUUGGUAUACCGACGAUGAGCGAGCCCUGGCCCGCGCUCGUCUGGAGCAGGACUCGCAGGACCAAGACAAGCACUUUCGCUGGGCCGAUGCCAAAAGGCAGCUGCAACACUGGCCCACCUGCGGUUUCGCCUUCCUGGCUCUCAUGUACGGUGUAGGAGUCGCCAGUAGCUCAAACUUCCUGCCGUCCAUCAUCAAGCGCCUGACCAACGACACGACCACCGCCAACCUAUACACCGUGGGGCCGAACCUGGUGGCCUCCGUGUUCCAGCUGACCAUUGUCUGGCUGUCUGACCGCUACCAGCAGCGCGCGUCCAUCGCGUGCGCCACGACCGUGCUCUCCCUGGUCGCCUGGAUCCUUCUCGGCACGCUGGACCUCAGCCGGAACCCGCAGGUCGGCUACUUCCUGGCCUACAUCAUCACGUCGGCGACCUUUAUCCCGAGCAACAUCGUCCCCGUGUGGCUGUCGUCCAAUGUGCCCACCACCACGGGCCGCGCCGUCGCCCUGGGCCUGAGCUACAUGGGCAUGAACCUCGCGGGCAUCGUCUCGUCGCUAACGUUCCGCGCCGAGGACGCCCCCGUGUACAGGCCCGCCCUGACCACCGUGGGCUGCACCCAGGGCGUCUUCAUCCUUGGCGCGCUGUACCUGCGGUGGUACUACGCGCGGCUGAACAAGAGACUGGACUCCGGGGACCUCGCGCACGCGCAGGGGAUGGAGGCGCGGCCUGCUUACCGGUAUGCGGUUUGA